CUUCCUGUAGAAGUAAAGGGGAGUUGGUAGCUUUUUCAAACUAAAAGUGUACUUCUUUCAUUUCCCGUUUUCUGAGAAAUCAAAGAAGAUGGAAUGUUCAAAUCCCUUGCUUCUGUUAACUCUCAAGUCUUUCAGCUAUUUUGAACAGAUGUCAGAUAUAAAGACUGCCUGCCUUCAGAUCAGAUUCCUGUUGCCAAGUCUCGCGAUCACUGUCCUAAACAGUUGAUUAUAAUGUCAGCAGUCCAAUUUGGAAGCUUUAUAGAAGCAGCUGAACACUGCAGUUUCCUGAAGUAUUAAAUAGCAUUGCGUGCUCUUUCUCUCUCCCUCUCCCCCUCUCUCAGUUGGCUUCUCUAUAACGCGAAUUGGGAAUUCAUGAUGCAUGUGAAUGGGAUGUGGAGCCACACAAAAAGUAUCAUGUGGUUUCUUCUGUUCUGUAUGUUUGUCAAGAAGGUGUUUCCUGCUGGAGAUGACUCCAUCAUUGCUACUAAGAAUGGAAUGGUCAAAGGUAUUUAUUUACCUGUGCUUGGUGGAACAGUAACUGCAUUUCUUGGGAUUCCUUUUGCAACACCACCUAUUGGUAGACUACGUUUCAAAAAGCCAGAAUCCCGAGAAGAAUGGAAAGGAACUUGGGAUGCCACCAAAUUUGCCAACUCUUGCUUUCAACUCCUAGAUAAUACUUUCCCUGGCUUUGAAGGGUCAGAGAUGUGGAAUCCAAACACAAAACUUAGUGAAGAUUGCCUUUAUCUCAAUGUAUGGGUUCCUUCUCCCAAGCCUAAAAAUGCAUCGGUCAUGGUAUGGAUUUAUGGAGGUGGCUUUCACAGUGGAACAUCUUCACUCUCUGUUUAUGAUGGCAAGUUCCUAGCUCGUGUGGAAAGAGUCAUCGUCGUAUCAAUGAAUUAUAGAUUAGGGCCUUUUGGAUUCUUGGCUUUGCCAGGAAAUGAAGAUGCCCCAGGAAAUGUAGGUUUGUUUGAUCAAAGACUCGCACUUCAAUGGAUCCAUGACAACAUAGGAGCCUUUGGAGGUAAUUCUAAAAGUGUGACCUUGUUUGGAGAAAGUGCUGGAGCAGGGUCUGUUAGCUUUCAUCUUCUUUCUCCUCAAAGCUAUCCUCUCUUCACUAGGGCGAUCAUGCAAAGUGGAUCUGGGAAUGCUCCUUGGGGUGCAAUUCUACCAUCUGAAGCAAGAAAAAGAACUCUAGUUUUAGCUGAACUCCUCCACUGUACUGGCAAAAAUGAAACUGAGAUUAUAUUCUGUCUUCAAAACAAGGAACCCCAAGAGCUAUUGGAGAAAGGAGAAGCUGCAUCAAUAUACACCGGUCUUAUAAGUUUGCAGUUUUGUCCCAUAGUUGAUGGUGAUUUUCUUGCUGAAAUGCCAGAAAUAUUGCUGAAAAAUGGAGACUUUAAACAAACACAGAUCUUGAUGGGAGUAAACAAAGAUGAAGGUACUACUAUUCUUGUGUACGGUGCUCCUGGCUUCAGCAAAGAUAACAACAGUGUUAUCAAUGAAAUGGAAUUCCAGGCAGGUUUGAAAGUUGCUUUUCCGCAAUUAAAUGAAAUGGGAUUGGAAUCUAUUGCAUUUCAUUACACAGACUGGGAAGAUGAGAAGAAUAUUUUCAAUUAUCGUGAUGCCAUGGAUGAUAUUGUUGGGGAUUACUAUUUCACAUGUCCUGCAGUAGAGUUCAUAAAACAAUUUGCCUUGACAGGGAACAAUGCUUUUUUUUACUACUUUGAGCACAGAUCUUCAAAACUUGCUUGGCCAGAAUGGAUGGGAGUUCCACAUGGUUAUGAAAUUGAGUUCGUAUUUGGAUUACCUCUAGAGCGAAGAAUUAAUUAUACUAAAGCAGAGGAAGCACUGAGCAGAUCUAUACUGAAGUAUUGGGCAAAUUUUGCAAAAACUGGAACACCCAAUGGAAAUCAGAUUAAUGGGACAAGAUGGCCAGUCUUCACAACCACUGAACAAAACUACUUAGCAUUAAGCACAAAUGCUGCAACGAUUCAAACAAAAUUGCGGGCUCAGACGUGCCGAUUCUGGAACAUCCUCUUUCCUAAGGUCCUGGAGAUGACAGAAAAUAUUGAUGAAGCAGAACGAGAGUGGAAAGCAGGAUUCCUUCGCUGGAACAAUUACAUGAUGGACUGGAAAAAUCAAUUUAAUGAUUACACUAGUAAGAGGCAAAGCUGCACAGGUCUCUAAUUAAAAGUUUCAGCCUUUUUGGAAUGCUUGUACUGUCAAAGAUCAAGGCAAACAUGGAGAUAGUUAAUGUAGCAUAUCUAGCAAUAAGGCAUAUUAGGCUGGCUCAGUGACCCAUUACAAAUAUACCAUUCUUCCAGGCCCAUUUCUAUUUAUAUCAAUAACUGUUAUGAAAGCACUUCCACCUUUUGAAGCAUCAGGAAAUGUAAAAUAGGCUUAAAGCAAUUAAAGCCAGAGGAUGAUUAAUGUUGAUAUAAUGGCCCCAGUCCAAUAGUAAAUUAUAUACUCUUUUAAAAAAAUCAAGCUGGUGCUAGCUAUGAGCCGUGGUAUUGUUACAUAUUGGAAUAUGCAACUCACUUAAGAAGACGCUUCAAAGGCUAAAUAUUCUUUGGCCUUCUGGCAAAUGGAAUUGUGUACUUUCCAGGAAUGUGCAUACUAGCCCAUUCUACUUAUACACCCACACUGAUCAGAAAUAUCUGAAAAUAGGCUUUGACUGAAUGUGGUAAGAAUGAGGCCUCAGAGUAUGGUGAGCACUGAAACCAGGUAUAAUCUCUUUACAAACUUUUGCUUCAAUCCAGAAAGAUAAGUAGAAGAAGGGGAACGUGAUCCAUUGUUCCAACAUAACCAGCCUUUCCAAAUGCCUGCCAAAAAAAAAAAAGCUUCAUUUGACAGCUUCCACAAUCUUUCCAUUUGCCCAAGAUGACUGUCACUAAUGGAAGCUGACACCUGAAACAUAUAAAAACUAUCAGGUUCCCUACCCCUAGACUUUAGGUCUAAAUUCAACUGUGUAGCUGAAUGCACACCUCACUUACGUUGCAAUAUAAUUAUGCAACUAUAAUUAACCAGAUUUAGGUAAGAAAAUUACUGUUGAACCAAACAUUUUCAAUGCAAUGACAAUCACAACUGCUUUUUCCUUUAGCAAACCAUGGAAAUACCAGUAGCAAUACAGCAAACUCAAAUGGCUUCAAUUCCAACACAGUAUCACAGCAUUUUGAUCUUGCUUCAGUUUUAGUAUAAUAUUACGAGGGAGAAAAUGUAUUUCUUCCUUUUUCUUCCCUUUCAGGACUUCUGUCCUCCAUGGUGACAAUAAUCCCAGAAGACAGCAAUAUGUGGUACAAUAAUUGCAAAUGUUUACUCAUUCAAAGCUUCAAUAAACUUGGUUUAUUGUUAUUAUAAACUUGGUUACACUGCUGAUCAACACAAUUUUCCUGACUAAUUUAAGCAGAGAUUACUAAUCUAAAAAUCUAAACCUGUAAUCAAAUAGCUACCCAAAGCUGUUUUUUACCAUCUUGAUUCCAAAAGAUUUGCCAAUAUGAAAAAGGUGGCAAGAAGAAUAGUAGCAAACAAUAACAAACAGGAUAGUGAACUGCAGAAUUAAGAAACUCUUACACACAAUAUAUCGACAUAUCAUCACAUACAGCUAGAUCAGGAGUGUCAAACUCGUGUCAUCACAUUGUCGUCACAUGACACAUUAUUAAUUUUCCCCCCUUCACUAAAGUGGAGCUGGGCAUAGCCAGCGCAUGAUGCAUCUGCCCGUGGCCUACAAGUUUGACACCCUGACCUAAAUCCUCUUUUCUACUAAAGUGUUGGAUUCUGACUUUUCUAUCAGUCUUGUCAUGGUAUCUUAAACUUAGAAGGAGAUUUGUGGGGUUCAGUUGUUUUGGGACAAGUCCUCAAUAUGGAACUUUAGGUCCUGAUUUAAGGUAUUCUUUUUUAAUUCAUUAGCCCAUAUUUGAUCCCUUCCAUCAUAUAUCAAAUCUUUGAUAUCCUGGCAUGAUGUUGCACUUCAUCACUUUUUAUCGAUAAAACCAUGCUUCUAGAUGGGCUGUAUGUCUCAUAGACCAUUACACUGAUUAUUUUCAUGGUCGCUGGAAAAGAUGAGUGCCGAGUGUACUUGUAAAGACGUGAUAUUCCAUCUAAGCAUGGAUUUUCUCUGCUUCAGGUAACCUUUGGCUUCUGCAUCUACAUGCUUCCCAUAAGUUGUUUACUAGGAAAUGGUGUUAAGUAUCACCAACUUUUUCUUUUACAAGAAAAAAAAUAAAGCUUUUACAUCAAAGGGAAUUUAAGAGUUGCUAAGUAUCUUGCUUCAAUGAAAGAGAAACAUUCCAAGGAUCAGAACCUCAUUCACAAACUACACUAGUUUUCCCUACAGGAGUCAGAGAAGAACAGAAAGGCUUCCUUGAGUGGGAUCAAGUGCCAUACUACAACGUGAAACAUUUUUCUCCCUGUAAUCCCAUUCCCCCUGGGCAUGUGAUGAAAAUGUUUAUCCGUAGUUCUCAUUUGCAGAAUGCUUUGCAAUUCUCAAUUUAUUUGUUCUUGUAACAUCCCUGCAUAGCAUCAGUUCAUCAUUGUUCCUGGUAUACAAUUUAUUAACAGCAGAGUCUCGUAGAGGUUUAUUCACAGAUUUAUCCCUCUGAGUAUAGUGAGACUUAUUCCCAAACACAUUAAUAGGACAUGCGACAAAUAAACUUUAGAACUGGCUUCUCUUCCGGAUUUUUAAUUUGCCUUUUGCUCUAUGGGCAUAUGAGUUGUGCUGUGUAAAAGGAAUUAACAGUUUUGGUUGGGAAACAGUGCUGAAAGAGAAGCUCACUUUAAAAACCCUGUAAUAUAUAUAUAUAUAUAAUUUGAAAAACCAGUGCAAAGAGAAUCUGAUUGAAUUAUCCCUUUAAAUCAAAUUAUCAAUUCUAAUUUUAGAAUCAAUUUGACAUGCGAAAUUGAAUUGGAUGCUUUUGAACCAAUUCAGUGGUUCAAGGCAUGCUUGAGUAUUCACAAACCCACAUAUUUUCCCCCUGAAUCGGAUUCAUGACCUAUAUCAAAUAGAUAUGAUUAGAUCAUUCACAUCUGAUCAAGGACGACUAUAAAUUUAUUUUUCAAACACAAACUUAACUUCUUGGUGAUUUCAUGGACCUGUCCAAGAAGCUUUCUUGACAAUAGAAUAAAAGUUGCUUGUUAUUGUUUGUUCCAGGUUACUUUUCAGCUUCCCUUUUUAGCUUACGAUGCUGGUUGUACUUUAAGGUCUCUGAUCCAAAUACUAACCUGGCUCAAUCCUGUAUAGCUUCUAAUCAUAGUCAAAGUCAGCCAGAUGCUGCUGAGGACUUUCUUGGUUAUUAUUGGGUUUUUUGGGGUUCUUUGCUGGAUUUAGCCAAUUGAUCAUCAGAAUAAUUUAGGAAAUUACAGUUAGUCCUCGAUUUAGCAAUUCAUUUAGUGAAAAAAGUGAUUUAUGACCAUUUUUCACACUUAUGACCAUUGUAGCAUCCACAUGGUCAUAUGACCAACAUUCAGAUGUUUGGCAACUGAGUCAUAGUUAUGAGGGUUGCAGUGUUCCAGGGUCAUUUGAUCCCCUUUUGCAGUCUUCUGACAAGCAAAGUUAAUGGGGAAGUCAGAUUCGUUUAACAUCCAUGUUAAUAGCUUAACAAUUGCAGUGAUUCACUUAACAAAUGUGGCAAUGAAGGUUGUAAAAUGGGGCACAUUUUUUCACUUAGCAACAGAAACUUUGGGCUCAAUUCUGGUCGUAAGUCAAGGACUACAAGGAUAUUAUGGCUUUUAGGAUAUUGACAAGUGCUUUUAAUCAGAGUGAAUACAAUUAUUUUUAUAUUUUGCAAGCUAAAGCUCUGACAAUGGAAGAUAGAUGAUAUAGAUAUACAAUUACUCAAUGCAAGAAGCUAUAUGUCAGCAUUCCAUUGGUUUGGUUGUAAAUUUUUAUACAACUUUUGCAAGAAAUGAUUUCCACUGUAUGAUUUAUAAACUGAAAGGAUGUUGUAGUGCACUGAAAAUAUGUUAUAGGUGGUUUCUUUUGCACUGGCUUAUUCUCUAUAGGUUCUAAUUUGUCCUUCAUCUCUAAAACUCUUUUUUUUCUUAUUAUCAAGUAUUAAGUCUAUUAAUGGUAAUAAAAGAUAUUUCUAAUCAUGUU